UAACCACUCCUAUCAUUCAAGAAGAUUAACAAGUAGCCCAUCCAUCAUCGUCCUUCCAGAUUCUAAACAACCGAAGCAUCAAGGACUAUCUCUCCCGAAAAACCAUUCAACCUUCAGCUCCAAUAUACAAUCUCCAUUCACUUCCGGAUGAACCAAGCGAACCAGCAAGCUGCUUCCACCGUUUAUCAGCUCGUUUCGUGUACGAAUUACAAAUUAGCUAGGGAUUUCGUCGCGACGAUGAGGAGGAGAAAAUGUACGAAAUAGAAGGUGGUCGGUCGGGCCCGUUCGAGAUUGAAGAUCAAUAUUCGCCGGACCGAAAGGUUCGCAGCCACGAGCUGCAACGGGCUCGUGGAAAACGCACGCGCGGAACACAGCAGCACAGAUGGAACUGUUCCAAACAGUUCAAAUACAAGAGCCUAGAGAAGCUGUUCACGGUUUACCAGAGGAGGCUUCAGUAUGGUUAUCUGUCGCUCUUCGUUCUACUACAAUUGCUGCUCGGAAUCACGUAUUGUUUGAUUCUGAUUACAAUGGUCAGCAUCGAGAACUGUGUGCCGGACGUGGUGGUUUGCACCGUGAUGAGCGCGUUGCUCUGCCCUGUGAUCGCUCUAUCCUUCAGAUCGAAGAUCAUCUCCAGAAACAAUUAUCUAUCCGUUAUAUUGUCCUGUAUGAUCGUGGUGUUGUUGGUGGUCGGUGAUCUGGCCGUUCCAUUGUACUACACCUUCAAGCAAGCUGAUGACCGAUUACCGCCGAUAAGACCAGCGUACGCAACGCACGCGCUUCUCGCCUGUUACGUCUUCCUACCUCUCACGGAAAAUCUACACGCAUUCAUAUUAGGCGUCACGGCUACCAUGUGUUACCUGGCCACCCUAUCGUUAAUCACUUACAGAAACACGUUCGAUUAUUCGACCAAGAUCAUUACAGACACGAUAUAUUUUAUUUGCGUAAAUGGGCUAGGAUUAUACUUUAGAUUCAUGAACGAAGUCGUUAUUAGACGAUCCUUCCUCGAUCGUCGGAAGUGCGUUGAAUCGACGCUGCGAUUGAACUAUGAAAAAGAUCAAGAGGAACAACUGACGCGGAGCAUCCUACCGCAGCACAUAGCCGCGAAGAUCAAGAAAGAUUUUCGUGAUAUUUUUAAAUUUAUCGAGGAACACAAGAAACCACCGCCUAAAGGACGACCGCAUCACGAUUUAUGCGUCGAAACGCACAACAACGUGAGCAUUUUGUACGCUGACGUGGUGAAUUUCUCUGGAUUGACCGUAACAUUACCCGUACGAAAACUGGUGGAGACGUUAAACGACUUGUUCGGUAGUUUCGACGAGGCUUCCGAAAGGCAUAAUGUUCUGCGAAUCAAAUUUCUUGGUGAUUGCUACUAUUGCGUCAGCGGUGUACCAACACCGAAUUCCCAGCAUGCGAAAAGCUGCGUGGAUUUAGGACUCGAUAUGAUUAAGAUAAUCAAAGAGGUGAGAGGUAGGGUUCGACGCGAAUGCGGUGUGGAUGUAAACAUGAGAAUAGGGGUUCACUCGGGCAACAUAAUAUCUGGAAUUCUGGGUGCCAACAAAUGGCAGUACGACGUUUGGUCACGCGACGUCGUUAUAGCUAAUAAAAUGGAACAAACUGGACAACCGGGCAAGGUACACGUUACGCAGCAAACGUUGGAUCUCGUUAAUGCUUCCGAGUACGAUUGCGUACCGGUGGAUUCCAUAAACGACGAGGUGCUGAAGAAAUACGGAAUUCGUAGCUACCUGAUCACACCUUCGCUUCCUCCCGAUUCGCCUACCACGCAGAACAGCGAGAACACCUUGACAGUCAUCAGUCCGGACUCCCCUCCGGUGGCUAACAAGCAUUACGUGAGAUUCAGUAACGUACGUACCAGUAACGUUAGCAGUUCUGGCCCGAGGAACAGCAGACGUCUGACCACCACUAUAAAUAAUCAUGUUGACGUGUUCGCCGGCACUUAUAGACGUCGGACACAUUUCAUGGACUCCUGUUUGCGAGAUUAUCAUCUGAUGCUAAAAGCCGCAGAUGCGGAGAUGGAAAAUGCUAUUAAGCAAAUGCCCCUCACUAAGUGGGAACAAUGGUGCAGAUGGGAACACAUCAAUCCUUUGUUCUUGACCUUUCAACAGUGGAACUGGGAGAUACCGUUCCUGAAGGAACCCGAUCCUCUCUUUAAAUUUUACGUUAGCUCCGCUGUUUUUGUUCUAAUCUUUAUGGGACUCAUUUACCUGGUACCAGCAAUUUCCGUCUCUGAAUGGCACUUGAGUACGACAAUCAGUUACUCGGUUGCGAUAUUGUUCUUGAUUGCUCUAAUACCGAUCGUUUGGAUGCAUUUCGCGUGGAACCGAUAUAAAGAUCCGCACGAUGAACACGAAGGACACGUUCCACACCCUCGUAACAAAUUAUUGUGCUUUUUGUAUCAAACCAGUGUAAAGGUGGUAUGGAGCACGUUUCUUCGAACAAUAUUGUAUUUGGUGAUGACGAUAAUGUUAGCAGCGUGUGCCAUGUUUGAUAUGAUUUUUGAAUGUAACAAUGUGGACGAGCUUGCAAGCAACAACAUAACGUCUAGCGUGGCAGAACCUGGUGCUUCUAAGCUCGAAUGCGUAGCUACACCUUGGCAAAUGACACAGACUUGUUCCUUGGCAAUUCUAACAAGUUUCUUGUUUCUGAGGCUCCAUUACCUUAUAAAAUUAGUAAUGGGCAUCGCGGUGGUGGCAUUUUACUCGUGGAACGUUUGGAUACACCGUUCGAAUUUGUUUCGGUCAGGUGAAAGCUGGAAUCCGUAUCUAGAACCAAGACUGGCUCACAUUUUAAGUAUUGUUUUUCUCACCUUUUCUUUGCACCUAAUCGAUCGCCAGGCAGAAUACUUGAGCAGAUUAGAUUAUCUAUGGAAGCGUCAAUUAACCAAGGAACAGGACGAAGCGUUUCAUACUAGGAACGCCAAUAAACUGCUACUCCGUAACAUCUUGCCAGAACACGUUGCGGAAUUCUACUUAAACAUGAAUAGAACCGAAGAGAACGAGCCAUACCACGAAGCACACAACAACGUUGCUGUUAUGUUUGCUUCGUUAACCGAUGUAUCCAUCGAUGAAAGCAACGUUUUGAUAGAUUUGAACGAGAUUAUAUGUGAAUUCGACAAAUUAUUAUUUGAACCGUACUUUGUUUGUCGAAUUGAAAAAAUCAAGAUUGCUGGUACCACAUACAUGGCAGCCUGUGGAUUAGAAGCGACUCGACGUGAUUCAAUGCGAAGCUCAGAAAGCGAAGAAAGUUUCAACGAGAACGUGGUGAAAGUAAUGGCUCAGUUUGCAGUGGAAAUGAUGGCAGUUCUCAGUAAACUAAACGGCAGAUCUUUCUAUCGAACUAAACCAUAUAAAUUAAGAAUCGGCAUAUCACAUGGAGAAGUAACAGCCGGUGUAGUGGGUGCUCAGAAACCACUGUACGAUAUUUGGGGUGAUGCUGUUAACAUGGCAUCAAGAAUGGACACGACGGGUGUUCCAGGAAAAAUACAGGUUACAACGGAUACCGCGGCUGUUCUUGAACAGCAAGGCGUUAAAUGCCAUCUUCGAGGAAACACGUACGUCAAACCAAAAGGAUACGUCACGACGUAUUUUGUUGGCAUCGACGAAGAACGACAGCUCGAGAGAAUGAGUUCCGUCGAAGAGACUAGUCUAUGAUCCGAAGGUUAAAUUAAUUUUUCAUAAAUCAAUUUGCAACCUUGGUUAUAGUGUACAAUAGUUGACCGAGGGAUCGUACGCAAAGUGAAAUUAAUAGAAAAAGGGAGAGAAGAGAAACCAAAGAAACUUUGAAAGACCAAAGAACUGACAUAAAGAAACGUAUUUAACGGCUGCGAUACUAAUGUGGAAUACCUCAAUCGAGUUUGCAGUGAAUUGUGGAUAGUAUAUGGAUAUGCAGCGUCUCUUUUAUAAAUGAUGAAUGAUUUUAUAUGACCAAUAUACGUGAUAAGGACAGUUUGAGGAUGAUGCUGUACCAGCAGUUUUCCAAUUUGUGAAGCUAUCGAUUUACAGAGAAAAUUGUGGUUUCACUUGAUAAACCUCGCUAAUCAUAAUUACUAAAUAUUAUUUUCUUCGACUACUUGAAAUGUUUAUAUUGUAAAUAACGCAAGAAAGUUUUUAAACGGUUGACGUUGUUUGGAAAAAAAAAGGUAACUUAAAAACGAAGCACAAUCCACUGAAAGUACGAUGUAACAAUAAUCGACGAUAAAAGAUUUCUGCUGUCGAUGAUUCGACGCUUUAGUGAUUUGAGAGAUAAUCAAAACUGAUAUAAUGCUUUAUUUAUAUCGAUGCAUGUGUACGAUAACGAUGUGUUUCAUCUGUAUAUUAUAUGUACAAUUGUACCGUGUCCGAUUAACAAACACGUAGUUAGUUCAAAA